AUGGCCGUCGUCCGCUGCGUCGCGGGCCCUCAGCAGCGCGCAAACACUAAUCCCAUGUGCUGUAGCCAUGGCCAGCUCGGCUACAAGGCGACGCUGCCACUGCACUCGCAGUCGGGCUGUGAAUGGCGCAUCCUGGAUCCUGCCGUAUUGGCGCAUGCACCACGUCCCAAGGCUAGCUUGGCCCCUCUGAAUCUCAGUGUGCGACCGCCGACGGAUAGCCAGGAGCACAGCAGCUCAGGAUGGUCUGAUCUGCCUCGCACCCCAUCGCCCCCAUCGCCCCCAUCGCUUCCAUCGCUUCCAUCGCUUCCAUGGCCGCGCCGGCCCGUGGCGCCUGACCAGUCACGAGACGAGGGCCAUCAGCACCCCGGGGCCGGCCUCCCGCACAAUCUCCCGCUUCUCGACCCUCCCCGGGCUGAUCAGCUCCACUCUGUCUUCACCACAAGCUCCACCACACAGCAUGUGUCGCACGCCUGUGUUAGCCUGAGGGCGCCUCUUCGUGGCCAGCGGCGAGCUGGCUGCUUCCGGCCCUUACCGCAGCACACGGCGCCAGAUGCGAGCAUGAGGCUGACGCGGACCGCUGCUUACAUUGCGCCUCAACGUGGCCACGAGAAGCAACCUACUCCAACUUGCAUGCUCCGUCGCACUCUCGAAUCACAGAUGACAUGUUAUCGCCUGUGAUAUUGCCAAAUGGUCUUUUUGCAGUGAGACCAAGGGAUGCUCCGCCUCUGUGGAUAUUCUCCGACCUGUCAAACACGGCCCAGCAGCCUUCGCCGUCGCACAGCAUGGCUGAGCCUCAGCAACAAUGCACCCUUCCGCGGCGUGCAAAUAUUCCACACACGACGACGCUUUUGCCGAACGGAGCCGAGAGACGCCCUCAUUCCACAACAACUGCUGCGUCGCUGAGACAUGGGCAACGUGUCUCGGCAUGCCGAUGGUGAAGAGUAAUCUCCAGUAUCUUGUUGACGUCGGCACUUGGUUCGCAAUACUGAGCCCAUUACUCGCACCCGGCCUGACAGCCGAGAGGCUGAUAGUUUUACCACGCGCCUAGUCCAACACUUGGGACAGCGAGUGCCUCAGGUUCUUUCCCUGCGAAAGCUGACCUCACAACGAGCAUCCAGACUCCGCGAAGCACCGACCAGCGGAACCCAUCCGCUGUCGUUUGUCGAACAACAUUUGCACAAUCUCUCAACCAAACUUUACUCAGACUACCCAACAUUCCGCAACGCACAGUUGACA